CUUCUUUUUUUGGAGGUGAUGCCAAUCGCCUCCGGCUCAGUGCAGCCCUCCUCUCCGGACUCCAACCCCUACUCUAGGUAUCGCCCAGUGCAGGCAGACAGCCUCCGGGACCCCAAGCAGCAGCAGCAGGCGGUGGGAGGCGGAGAGGGCGGGGGUGGCGGUGGAGGAGGAGGUAGGCUGCUACUGCCUUUCCCGGCUUGCCUCGAUCCCAGCCAGGCUGAAGCAGGGGCCGAGGCUGCAGCAGCCAUCGGCAGGGAAGCUGGGCUCAGCUCUGGAUUACUUGCUUUUGGCGCUGUCUCUUCCUCCUCCCCCCAGUUCCCCCCUAUCUUGCAGGUUACCCCUUCUUUCUCUUCCCCUUCCUUUUUCCAGUCUUUCUCCUCUGUUUCCUCUCCCUCUUCCACUCCCCCACCUCACCUCACUCCUUCCUUCCUAUUCCCAGCUUUCCUGGAGCCCCCUAGGACCAGAUCCAGAUCUAGAUCUGGAUUCAUCAUGAACCAUCAUCACCAGCAGCAGCAGCUGCAUGGCAUGCCAGGAGCAGCUCACUACCACCACCACCACCACCACCAGCUCCACACCCCACCACCACCUCCCCCUUCUCUUCUUUCAUCUGCCCUGCGGGGGCCAGGCAUGGACAGGCGUGACAACAGCCCCCCAGAGGGAGCUCGACAACCCCACAGCCCACCAGCAGUGGGAGCAAGAAGGAGAGGAAGCAGCCCCACCACCAAUAAUCAUCAUUACCACCACCACCACUUAAGGUCUCCGGCAGGUCAUUUGGGUCCCUCAUUUCAGUGCCAGUCAGUACAUCAAGACCACAUAUGCAACGAUGACAGCGAAAAGAACGAAGAUAGUCCCAGUCCUAAGAGACAAAGACUAUCUAAUUCAGUCUUCGAUUAUACAACCGCAUCGCCCGCCCCAUCGCCCCCGAUGCGACCAUGGGAGAUAACCUCAAGUAGGCGGCCUCCUUCGGCUCGACCCAACCAACACCACUUCUCAGGGGAACGAUGCAACACUCCUGCACGCAACAGAAGAAGCCCUCCGGUCAGACGUCAAAGAGGAAGACGGGACCGGUUGACUCGCCACAAUUCCAUAAGCCAAGAUGAAAACUAUCACCAUCUCUCCUAUGGCCAGCAGCAAGUAGAAGAACCUAGAGCCUUUCACCCACCGAAUGUAUCCCCACGAAUGCUACACCCAGCUGCACAUCCUCCCCAGCAAAAUGCGGUAAUGGUUGAUAUUCACGAACAGAUUCAUCAGGGCACAGUGCCCGUUUCUUACACAGUUACAACGGUAGCACCACAUGGAAUUCCACUAUGUACUGGACAGCACAUCCCCGCUUGUAGCACACAACAAGUUCCAGGUUGUUCAGUGGUAUUCAGUGGGCAGCACUUACCAGUUUGCAGUGUACCUCCCCCAAUGCUCCAAGCGUGCUCAGUGCAGCAUUUACCUGUACCCUAUGCUGCUUUCCCUCCUCUUAUGUCAAGUGAUCCAUUCCUUUUACAUCCGCCACACCUUUCUCCUCACCAUCAUGCUCAUUUGCCCCCACCUGGACAAUUUGUACCCUUCCAAACACAACAGUCUCGCUCGCCUCUGCAAAGGAUAGAGAAUGAAGUAGAGUUAUUGGGGGAGCAUUUACCUGUAGGAGGAUUUACAUAUCCACCACCUGCUCAUGCUCCAACGCUGCAGCCCUCUGCUCCACUACAAUUCAUAACACACGAUCCUUUGCAUCAGGAAGUUUCUUUUGGUGUUCCUUACCCUCCAUUUAUGCCUCGAAGAGUAACCGGGCGUAGUCGAUAUCGCUCCCAGCAUCCAAUACCACCACCACCUUACCACCCAAGCCUUUUACCCUAUGUUCUCUCAAUGCUUCCAGUGCCUCCUGCUGUUGGACCAACCUUCAGCUUUGAGUUGGAUGUAGAAGAUGGGGAAGUGGAAAACUAUGAGGCACUGUUGAAUCUUGCCGAAAGACUGGGCGAAGCCAAACCUAGAGGACUGACAAAAGCAGAUAUUGAACAGCUUCCGUCAUAUAGGUUCAACCCAAACAAUCACCAAUCAGAACAGACCUUAUGUGUAGUAUGCAUGUGUGAUUUUGAGUCAAGACAACUGCUUAGAGUCUUACCGUGCAACCACGAAUUCCACGCCAAGUGUGUUGACAAAUGGCUUAAGGCGAAUCGCACAUGCCCAAUUUGUCGAGCUGAUGCUUCAGAAGUGCAUCGUGAUUCAGAAUGACCAAUCUCAGAGCACAAGUCUAGUUUGGGUGUUCCUAGUCACAUGCGUGUGUGUUUUUAUUAUAUGCGCACAUGCCAACUUUCCAUUGAACUUAAACCGUGUGGCUUCCAGCCUACUCUACACAAAAGGGUCGAAGGACCUCUUUUUGCACUGUGUGAUUUAAUCAAUUCUAAAGCUUCUAAUUAGUCUUCACAGUUAUGGGAUUGUUAUACUAACCGUGUGAUUGGGACUCCAAAGAUUAUUAUUUUUUUAUAUUCCUUAGCUUAUUUUGUGUGUGCACUAACAUUCCCUGGUUUUCGUGUGAUCAUUCCGAGUGUUUUGCUGCAAGAUUACAGUGGAAGUGAUCUUUUAGCAUGUGCUUUUAUAUUUAAAAGGAAAACAAAAAAAGAUGAAAAAAGAGAAAUGAAUUACAGUGGUAGCUCCAAACAAAUUUAGCAAUCUACCUUUUAUUAUAGAGCCUUCAAGAUACUGUGAGUGUGGAAUGUAAGGGUGAAUGUUUAUGGAAAAUUGGCUUUGCGUGUUUGUUUCGGGCACAUGAAUGCAAGGUCAGAGUGUUUGGGAACCUAUAUACCAGCAUGUAUUGAGAAUGUAUGUGUGUUGUAUUACUUAUGCUGCAAUGUAUAAUCUUGUGUGUUAUUUAAACAGUACUAGUACUGUACACUGGUUUCUUUUCUUGUGUUUGCAGUUGCACACUGAAUGCGAUGGGUGUAGCAAUUUUAGGCAUUUCAUAUCCCUUCCCUUCACUGUCCCACAGACUGGUAUAUGAAAAUGGAUUAUCUCUUAUUUUCCAAUGUAUUAUCCUGUUUUCCAGUUAUUAAUUUGUUACUUUUAAAAUAUAUGUGCAUCUGGAAACAGGAAUGGGGGAAAGGUGCAUUUUAACAAUGCCAUUAGAUAUUUAGUGUUAACGUUGAUAAUUAAAAAAAAAAAAAAAAAAAUCCUGAAGCUGUCUGUGUAGAAUGUGUAUGUUCAUUCAUAUUUAUACUGUUUUUGAUUUUGAUUUUUUUUUCCUAAUGCAAGGCAUUUAAACAUGUUCCAAUUCUUCUCCCUUGUGCUCAUCAAAGCAACAAGGUUGAGUGUCAGUUUAUUAA